AUUCCCAAUUAAUUAAUUUAAUGAUUUUUUCUGUCUAAAUCAACGAGCCUCUGGAUCUGAUGAUCGACAACACGAACACAAACAAAAAUAAUAAUAAAACAAAAAAGCUCAAAAAUAACUAGAAUUCCUAUAAAUUUGGACUCACAAUAAAAGCUGACUCUUUCUCCGGUUUGAGGCUUUGAAUCUCCACUCUCCAACGAACCCAAAAACCGGUUGGUCUUUUGCUCAACACUUGUCAUUGUCCAUUUCUUUCCGAAUUCGGCUUUACAUUCGCUGUGGGAAGUUUUAGAAUUUUACUGAUUCGUAAUUGAGUACUGAAUUGUGUUGGGGUUGUGAUCUUAACUUUGUGUCCAAGUAAGGAUCACUAUGGAUUUACACACUGAUUUAUGAGUCUCUUGGCGCGAUCAGAAAGCGAAGAUUUGUGUAUGUCGUUGUGGAAGAAGUGGAAUUUAUUGUUUCAAUGCUUGUAGGAAUUGUCCGGAUUCACGGCAAUAUAUAUAGAAGCUUGUAGUUUAUGAUAGGUUAUGGUUUUCGCUGUUCUUGGAGAUUUAAGUGCUUGGUGAUCUAGUGGGGGUUAUUUUGGAAUUCUUAAGUCAGGUUUUCACUACUUGGACAUGAGAAGCUCCUGGUUCACUAAACUCUCCCUCAUUUUUGGCCCUAGACCGCCACUCAGUUGGUUACUCUUGUGUGUUGUUAGUGUACUCGCACUAAUUGCAGUGCUGGGAUCAUCUUCUUCUCAUACAUUUGACUCUUUAAUUAUCACUCCAGCACCCGACAUAUAUACAAACUAUAGGAGGCUAAAGGAGCAAGCGGCGGUUGAUUAUCUGGAGCUGAGGUCUCUUUCAUUGGGGGCUAGUCGACAAAGAGAGCUUGGCCUUUGUAGCAAAGAAAGAGAAAAUCACGUGCCUUGUUACAAUGUUUCAGCAAACCUUUUAGCCGGGUUUAAAGAUGGGGAGGAGUUUGAUCGGCAUUGUGAAGUAUCAAGAAACAGAGAACGGUGUCUAGUUCGCCCUCCUAAGGAUUAUAAGAUCCCCCUGAGGUGGCCAGCUGGUAGGGAUGUGAUAUGGAGUGGAAACGUGAAGAUAACCAAAGACCAAUUUCUUUCAUCUGGAAGCAUGACCAAAAGGUUGAUGCUACUAGAAGAAAAUCAAAUUGCCUUUCACUCUGACGAUGGUCUGAUUUUUGAUGGUGUCAAGGAUUAUUCUCUUCAAAUUGCAAAGAUGAUAGGUUUAAAAAGUGACUCUGACUUUCUUCAAGCCGGUGUGCAAACUGUUCUGGAUAUUGGUUGCGGUUUUGGUAGUUUCGGAGCUCAUUUAGUAUCACUGAAUGUAAUGGCUAUUUGUAUUGCGGCAUACGAGGCAACUGGCAGUCAAGUUCAGUUGACCCUUGAGAGAGGUCUUCCAGCAAUGAUUGGAAACUUCAUUACAAGACAGCUUCCUUACCCAGCAUUGUCAUUUGAAAUGGUUCAUUGUGCUCAGUGCGGUAUUGUUUGGGACAAAAAAGAUUCGAUGUUGCUUUUAGAAGUUGACCGGGUACUCAAGCCCGGAGGCUACUUUGUUGUAACCUCAUUGACAAGCCAACCAUAUGGAAGUUCAUUGAGCAUGAAGAAUAGCAUGUUCACAACGAUGGAGGAAUUGACCCCGAAAGUCUGUUGGACUCUAAAAGCUCAGCAAUAUGAAACUUUUAUCUGGCAGAAAACUGUGGAUUCUGAUUGCUAUGCAUCUCGUAAGCAGGGUGCUCUACCAGUUUGUAAUGAAGGGCACGACGUUCGAUCAUAUUAUAAGCCUCUCGUAUCAUGUAUAAGUGGGACCACCAGCAAACGCUGGGCUCCAAUCCGAAAUAGGUCCUCUAGUCCCCAUCGAUUGAGCUCGGCCGAGCUUGAAGUUCAUGGAGUUCAGCCUGAAGAUUUCUUUGAAGACUUACAGGUUUGGAGAUCAGCUCUGAAAAACUAUUGGUCUUUGCUUACACCCUUGAUUUUCUCUGACCACCCGAAGAGACCAGGCGAUGAAGACCCAUUACCUCCAUUCAACAUGCUACGCAAUGUGAUGGACAUGAGUGCUCAUUAUGGGGGUUUAAAUGCUGCUUUUCUGGAGGAAAGAAAAUCAGUGUGGGUGAUGAAUGUUGUGCCUGUCAAUGCUCCCUACACACUUCCUCUCAUUCUAGAUCAAGGUUUUGCUGGUGUUUUGCAUGACUGGUGUGAACCAUUCCCGACAUAUCCUCGAACAUAUGAUUUGCUGCAUGCAGAUGGGCUGCUCUCACAUCUCUCUUCAGAGAGGUGCGGCAUGAUGGACUUAUUCUUAGAGAUGGACCGGAUUCUGCGACCUGAGGGAUGGGUUGUUCUCUGUGAUAAAAAGGGAGCUAUAGAGAUGGCGCGCAUGUUUGCUACACAAAUACGUUGGGAAGCAAGGGUGAUUGACCUUGAGAAUGGGAGUGAUCAACGACUACUUGUUUGCCAAAAACCGUUCGUAAAAAAAUGAUUAUUUUACUUUAGGAGCCAUCAUCAUUGCGGACGUGUACAAUUGUUUUUCCUCCUUUAGCUCCGGUAAUUUCUCUCAUCUCUCGAGAAUCAAGUUUUGAUUAUUCACCGGAGUCCAGUCUCCUGAUUUAGUUGCAAUAAGUUAUCAGCCCUAGGACGUAGGAGGUUUACAAACGGUAGCAGGGUUUUUUUUUGGCCAUGACAUCGACUUGCAAGGAGCGAGGAGCGAUGUGGAGUUUGGGUAAAUCUUGAAUUAACUGUCAUUUUUGUGUUCAUUUUCAUUAGCAGAUUAUGAUCUGGGAAGAAAAUGUGACUCGUGAUCAGAAUCCGAAGAACCUCGAAGGCGAUCACGAGUCAUUACUGGAGUGAGCGUAUGUGGAAGCUGUAGAUUAGAAUAUUUCGCACCGAAGUAGCUGCAACUCGUGUAUUUUUUGUCAAGGCGUCUGUAGCAAUUCAUUCGUCCAUUUUUUUCUUAGGGCAGAUUUUUUUUUUUUGGUUUUAUUUGUUUAUUCAUUUUAAUAUUUGUAAGAACAAAUCCUUGCUGUGUCCAAAAUUAAGAGUCUGGACACGUACAUUUUCGUGUGAUCAUAAAAGAUGCUGAGUUGAACAA